GCACACACUUCGCCGGCAGAGUGUACUCCUUUUUGAUGACUUGAAAGAAGCAGUUGCUCAAUUUAGUACUGAGUUAUCUUUAAAGAAUAAGUUGAAUUGAUUUGAGUUUAGUGAACCUUUUCUUUAAAAAAAUGAACGUAUAGAAAAACCUGACAUCUUUUUGCACAAGUUUAUUUGUCAGCACUAGACUUGAAGGAUGGUAUAUUAAAUAAUAUAAUUGAAGUUGUUGUUGACUGUGGUAGCAUUAUUUUUCCUUAGAGGAGUUGUAAUUUCAAACGUGAGUGAUGUAGCUGAUAUGUUUUUGUGGCAUUUUCUUUACAUCGGUGCUAGUGGAUGAGGGAGUAUGUGUUCAGAAAAAUCUUUGACUUGGUAGCACUGAUCUUCUAGUUUCUCCUCCACUUGUUAAAAAACUUGGACAGCAUAAAAUGCACAACUGCUGAGAGUUUUAAGAAAGGAUUAACAGUGUUAUCUUUCUGCUUCUACCACAGCACCUGGCAGUCGUACUUUGCCAAACGUGAUUUUGACCUCGUGUACCGCAAGUCGGACGGCCUGCUGUCCACAAUGUAUUUGCUGAGGAAGAAGCAAAAGAUCCCCAUCAACCCAACCUUUAUCCACAUGGAGGGCCUUGAGUGCUCUUGGCUGGAGGACAUACAAAAAGAGAUGGCCCUUCUUGAGGCAGAGCCCGCUGACAGUGGCAAAAGACUCUGGCUUGUAUCGGAGACGAUGAACAGUGGUGUCGUUGGAUUUGUGCAG